AUGCCCAUGGUUGAUGAAAAUGGUGAUCAACCACCUGUUGAAUUUAAUCGUUUUGGAAAACAUCGUUUUGUCAAUAAAUAUGAAUCAAUUUUGAAUUGUCCGGUGGAUUGUAAUACAAAAAAUUAUAUUUAUGUAUUGAUAUGUGUAUGCAAUGAAUUCGAUUUUAUUAGUGAAAGUAAAUUUCGUUUAGAAGAACGAUUAAAUAAUCAUUGUCAAAUUGCUAAUAAUGCAAUACGAAAAUUUUUGAUUGGUCAUGGUAAUCAUCGAAAUAGGCAACAACAUGAACCGUAUGGACUAUCGUCAAACAAGGAUAAUAUGUUAUUAUAUCAACAUACAAUGCAAUGUUCAGUUGCGAUACAAAUGUUUUUAGAAAAAAAUCCAGCAUAUUGGCCAUUUGUACCAAUGUCAAAUGAACAAGCAAAUCAGGAUAAUAUUUCUUAUCGAUCAAUACGUUCAUCAAUAACAACAACAACAAAUAAUGUUAAUCCAACUGAUGAUCCCGAGAUUCAAAAUUAUUUUGCUCAUUUACCACCACCACCUGCUGGUUUUAAAUUUUCUAAACGUCAAAUUGAAAAACAAAUUGAUAUUUUUCGAAAAAAUAUACUUAAUGAAACCUUUAAUAAUAAUGUCUAUGUUUAUAAUGCAGCAAUAAUAGCUGUUAUGCCACCUUUUACAACAGAUUUAUUUCGUCGUAUUAUUCAUUAUUUAUUUGUUACGCAUACUGAAGCGAAAUUAAAUACAUUCGGUCAUAUAUUUAUGAAUACCGAUAACAUUCGUUUAAGAAAUGGUCUUUGGUGUGCUAAAUUAAAACCUCGUUAA